UGGCCAGGGAGACUUUCGUUACGUUAACAACAAAUGACACCUACUCAAUUGGUGCUUUGGUUCUGGGCCACUCACUGCGUCUGGUCAACACACAGAAGGAGUUGACGGUUUUAAUAACUGAAGGCGUGCCGCAUUCCUUUCGAGAUCUUCUGAGACAGGUCUAUGACAACAUUAUUGUUGUGAAACAGCUGCAAAGCACAGACAAUGGGAGCACCUUUUUUCUGAACCGGCCGAACCUUGGAACAACUUAUACCAAGCUUCACUGUUGGACACUCACAGACUUUUCGAAAGCCGUAUUCUUGGAUGCAGACAUAAUCCUGUGCGAUCAAAGGGCUGACCAAAAAUUCGUUCCCAGUUAUGCUAGCUGCAUUCUUGUGACAGUGCCUAAACUCAGGCGAUGGAGCCCUAACAUCGUCGGAUCUCUGACCGGCAACCGCCGCUAG